AUGGCGACCGUCUUUGGUGGAGUGUUGACGAUUGCAAUUUCAGCUGCCGCAGUUGGCCUUGUUCUACUCUUCUCGAUUGUUCUUCCAGCAUUGUACAACGUCUUUCUUCACCCACUACGAAAGAUUCCUGGCCCUCCAUCAUGGAUCAUCUUUCCACUACUGCGCCACUGGGCUGCCAUCACUGGAACGCUAGACGAGCAAUCUCGCCGUUUCCAUGAGAAGUAUGGAGAUGUGGUCCGAACGCAUCCAAACGAGCUUUCCUUCACGACCACCGCAGCGUGGAAGGACAUCUACGGACCCCUCGCUAAUCUUCCCAAAGUGAUGGUAUACGACGAGGAAGCCCGUAACGUCUUCAAUGCCGAGCAUCCCGAGGUGCACGGGCGAAUGCGACGGGUACUAAAUCCCAUUUUCUCCGAGCGCGGUGCUCGUAGCCUGGAACCCACGGUCAAGUUAUACGCUGACAAGCUUUUCGACUCAUUGGCCAAUUUUGCGCGGGAAGGUCGGUUCGUCGACUUGAGCAUGUACUGGAACAUGACUACCUUCGACAUCAUUGGGAGACUGGCUUUUGGCGAGGACUUCGAUGGAUUGAAGAAUCAGCGAAUACAUCCCUGGGUGAAGAACAUCUUCGACACGUUCAAAAUCCUGCCACUCAUCAUUGCCAUCAGCGAAUAUCCAUUUCUCAUGUGGCUGCUGAAGUCUUGCAUGCCCCGAAGCGUGGCCGAGUCGAGAGAGAAGCAUGUAGCGCAAAGCCACGAUAAAGCACGCCGAAGGAUGCAGAACGAGUCGUUGAAGGACAACGGUGACUUCAUGGACACCAUGCUGCAAGCCCGAGGCACCAAGGAUGAAUUCUCCGAAGGCGAGAUCAUGGCCAACGCCAAUAUCCUGAUCAUUGCCGGCUCGGAGACAUCCGCAACGGCCUUAUCUGGUCUUGUCUACUGGUUAAUGCGGACGCCCAAGGUGUUGCAGGAAGUGACGGAGGAGGUCAGGCAAGCAUUCGAGCGGGAGGACCAGAUCACGAUGGCAUCGACGGCACAGCAAGUCCCGUACAUGCUCGCGUGCAUCCAGGAAGGUCUUCGGAUCUAUCCGCCCGGAGCUGGCAGUAUCCAACGAUUCGUACCCAGGACUGAGUCGCGGACGGUGGACGGCGUGGUGAUCCCCGGAGGUACCAGACUCGGCGUCCACCAUUCUGCCGCCUAUACAUCUGCUCGCCACUUCCACCGUCCCAAGGAGUUUAUCCCAGAGCGCUGGCUCCCUGCGGCCUCGACGCCUGAUUCUCCCUACUACUCGGACAAUCGCGCCAUGGUGCAGCCGUUCAGCGUGGGCCCACGCAACUGCAUUGGCCAGACCUUCGCGCGCAACGAGAUGCGCUACCUUCUUGCCCGUCUCUUGUUCCGCUUCGAUCUGGUGCAGCUCGCGCCCGAGUGCCGGGAAUGGCACCAGCAGCGUUCGUUCGUCAUCUGGGAGAAGGGGCCGUUGCGCGUCCUACUGCGCGAAAGGGAAUGGCAAUAG